AUGCACACCCUACACAACGCCAGUGCAUACACACUCCUGAUCUAUGUGUUUUGCAAAAUCCUUGGUGGACUUGCAUUGAAUGAACCUAGUCUGCUUCAAAUGUUAGUAGUUGGGAGAUGCUCCGAGUGGAAAUUUACGCAAGGAAUAUAUGGGAUAGAUUGUCAGAACGUGUGGACGGAAUUUGAGAAAAUAAUUACGGGGGAACAACUGAGUCUGUUGUGCACCAUGGAUCCAAAGCUAUUCGAUCCCUUUGUUGAUAGCUUGUUUGGAUACCAACCAAAACUUUCAAAACCUUUCUUCUGGUCAGGAACAAGACCAUUCUCGAUUCCGUUUUGCAGAAACCUUGGAAUUUGUGAUGUGUUAGAGGGCACACUUCCCGGUUAUAUAUUUAACGGCUUGGACUGGUGCGACCUAAAACAGACAGCUGGAAAGGUCUAUCACACACAAUGCGGCUGCAGCGGCAAAGCAGAUCUUGUGUAUGCGUUUUGGAAAAGUGCUUCAAGUUCAUUUUCAAAGCUCGUUGAAGGUGACGUCGGAUUGUUUCUUAACGGGUCAUUUGCGAUCCCUUACGAUAGAAAUCGUACGUUUGGUAGCUCGGAAUUGCCAAACCUGCAUUUUCCCCGAGUGACAAAACUCACUGCUUACAUCGUAUAUCCUUUGGAGAAAGUAGAGUUGAGUCCUCCUGUUGGAUGUAAGUCAGAAAAUCUGAUGACCCUAAAAGCCGAUGUCCAAAAGAAGAACAUAUCCUACGAGUGCGUUGACCAGCCUAUAUUCGCGCUACAAUAUUUGUGCAUCUCGAAUCCCACAAGCAGGCAUUGCCUGACGAACAUAUCGUCGCACAAUUCAAUCAACUAUUUCAUACUCUGUCUCUCCUUUUUUGCUUCCACGUUCCUCGUCAGAACGUGACUACACCUCUCUCCCUAACACGAACCUACCUAAUAAUAACCACAGAUUUUAUCUUGCAGUAAAAGCACUCUUGCAUAUAUUCUUUUAAUAUUUCACCCAUUUUAAUACCAAAACAUACUACCUAUGUUCACGCUAUUGUUUUUGGGUUGGACGUUUCUCUCAAUGAUCCGCUCUGUAAUAAGUCCCAUGUUUCUCUUGCUGAUACUUGUCAAUUUUAUGCAAUAAUUGAGGUACGGCCAUUUGAUGAAAGCAAUUAAAUACUGCAAUCACAAGCGAACUCAGUUAUCCUCGGAACAGUUACUCAGCUGCACAUGUGUCGUUCAAAUCACUUUCCCACGAGACUUGAAUACAUCUUUGUCUGCAGUGAGGAACCGCGCAGUUUCUACUGAAAGCUACGGGCAGCGACUUAAAUCUUCGAUCGUCAGUCAUACGAGCGUCAAUCGUGCCGCUUCUUGUGGGAUACAUGAAAAUUUAGUAAAAUAAUUUUCUUAAAUACACCGCUCAGUGGACCUGAUCAAAAGUACACCUUCUGUGCAAAGGUACUGGUACAUUAUAUGACAUGAGAAAUUUACGCAAGUUG